AUGGGUUUCGACACUACGGUGCACAGUGAUUAUCAAUGGCCUUUUCCAAAACCAAUAGUAGGAAAACCAUGCGAGCCUCCAACUCCGGACGCGGCUCCAACCAUCCGACCAGCCCCCGUAGCUCCGUACUGUCACUGCGACGCUCAUUCAUACUCGCCCCGCGUAGAACAAUACAAGCAGUUGUUGGAAAAGGAAGACAAGCUAUGCCAUGAUUACGAAUUAUUGAGAAAGCAGAUGGUGGAUGUGACAAAUGACAUUUUGGACCAUCCAUGCGAUGAUUUGGAUACAAAAAUGAUUACGAUGUAUCAAGCUACUUAUAAAAAGAGAUCUUUUCCAGUGUCAGAUUAUAGAACAAUAAUGGCGGCGGCGCAAUCUAGCGCUCCUGUACCAAUGGAGAGUCAUAAGUUAGGGAUGUUGCGAUGUUAUAAAGAUCCAACGCAUUUCACUGAAAAGCCACCAACAGUUCGACCUACCAUAAAUCCACCAGGCGUUGUUCAUACGGGAGUAGUUCCCAAGUCAAUACAGACUUGGUUCACGGAAUUCCCCGGUAGAACGGAAUAUAUGGACACAUAUAGCGCCUCUGCGAAAGCCUGUUGGAGAUCAAUGCAAAGGUUCAAAGAACCUAUGCCAUCAACUCGAAGACGAGCUGACGAUAAUUGUGUUUGA